AAAGAUAAGCCUCCUGCAAGGCCAUUGUACCCAGCACGUAUAAGAAGAGUAUAGAGGAAGGGGGAGAGCAGAGUUGUGAAGAAAGACGAGGAAGAGAAGAUGGGCUGGGACAUCCUUUGGGUGGUUUUUGUAGCCUUGCUCUGUUUUCCCAGCUGGAUGGAGGCCACUGAUGUUCACAACACAUGCCCAGAGGUAAACAUCGUGGGGCUUUCUGGCAAUGAGAAGCUGGCCAUUCUGCGUGGCUGCCCAGGUUUCCCAGGUGCUGCAGGAAGCCCAGGAGAAAGGGGGCCACAGGGUCCACCUGGCAUAAAAGGAGAUAUGGGGCCACCUGGGAAACAAGGACCAAAGGGAGAACGAGGUGAAGCACCGGACCAUUCGUCCCUCUGCCAAAAUGGACCCCGGAGCUGCAUUGAGCUUUUGAGCAAAGGGGAGUUCCUGAGUGGCUGGCACACCAUCUACUUGCCUGACUGCCAACCACUGAGGGUCUUCUGUGACAUGGACACGGAUGGAGGCGGGUGGCUGGUGUUUCAAAGGCGACAGGAUGGUUCCGUUGACUUUUAUCGCACCUGGAAUGCGUACAAGAAAGGUUUUGGGAACCAACUAUCAGAAUUCUGGCUGGGUAAUGAGAACAUCCAUCUUCUGACUCGUGAAGGGCAGCACCAGCUCCGCGUGGACUUGGUUGACUUCGAUGACCGCAAAACAUUUGCUCAUUACCAGUCCUUCCAGCUCAAGGGAGAAGAUGAGAAAUACGGGCUUGUCCUGGGGGCAUUCCUGGGUGGUUCUGCAGGUGAUUCUCUAUCGUUCCAUAAUGGACACCCUUUUUCCACCUCUGAUGAAGACAAUGACAGUGGGACACAGAAUUGUGCCGUUGUUGUGCACGGAGCCUGGUGGUAUUUAAACUGCUAUCGUUCCAACUUGAAUGGUGGUUACCCAAUUGGUGAGAGGAAGGGUCAGAGGUAUGGCAUUGACUGGGCGUCUGGCAAAGGAGUCGGUGUCUCCUACAAAAGAACAGAGAUGAAGAUCCGUUAAACAUAUCCUGUCCGGGGCCUCAGAGAUAGAAAAAUAAAGCAGUGAAUACAAUCAAGCAAA